AUGGCUCGAUGGAUUUUUUUCUGUUUUAUUCUAUUUAUAUUCCUUUUCAAUCAUAUAUCGACAAUGAUUUUAAAUGAUCAACGACAUAUAGUUAAACGACAUAUGGGUUUAGCACGUGAAAAUUUUUUUCGUGCUAAACAAUUUAAAACCAAUAAUGAAAAUUUAUUUCAAAGACAACAACAAGCACUUCCAGCACCUGAUGUUUUACGUGAUCUUUGGACAGAAUUAUUUAAAGAACAACAUAAAAUCCAUGAACCAUUACAUACUGAAGGUUGA